AUGGACGACAAGGCUUUAGUUAAGGAACGAGAUGCAGCGACUCUUCUCAUAACUCUGGUCAGCACUUCGCUUUUAGUGGCGUUGGCUGUCUGGGUGCAGAAAAAACGGAAACACACACAAGCGAAAGUUCCGUUUCCGCCAGGGCCCUGGGGACUUCCGUUGGUGGGGUACCUGCCCUUCCUACGAAGAAAACAGCACAUCAUCUUCAGAGACCUGGCUUACAGAUACGGGCCACUUUUCAGUGUCCGUCUGGGAGCCGUGAACGUGGUUAUACUUAACACCUACGAAAGCAUCCGCGAAGCUUUUUCGAAGAAACAGCUAUUGGCGAGAACUUCAAGCCUUUUCCUUAAACAAGCCGGAGUCUCAGGUAUCAUGACUUUAAAUGGAACAUCCUGGAUGGACAACAGGAAGUAUUGCGUGCGUCUCAUCAGCUCCCCUGCGUACGGACACAAAGACAUGGAAACCCAGGUUCAGGAGGAGAUUGAGUACCUCAUCGCAAAGAUAUCGGAUGUCAAAGGGCGCCCGAUUCCCGUCGAGCAGUACCUGCUUCCCAGCGUGUCCAAUAACGUUUCCGCCCUCGUGUUCGGCCACCGUUACGACUUUGACGACCCGAAGAGAAAGAUGCUCGAUGGCAUUCUCGACACCGGCAUGAGAUGCCUCGCCGCGGGCGCGGUCAUCACUUUCAUGCCCAGGGGCUUCAGAACACUCACUACCAUGUGCUUUACGAGAUUCGGCGCCUUGAGGCCGCUCGUUCAGAAGCUCACCAAAUUCAUAUGUCAAGAAGAGGGUUUAGGUGGAAAAGAACAUCGGAAGUUACGAGAAAACAAUUUCGUCGACGGGUAUCUGCAGCUCAUUUCUGAGCACAACGAGGAUCCGAAUACAAGCUUUAACAUGUCCAACCUGAUUGGAAACGCCCUCACGAUUUUUGCUGCCGGAUCACAGACAACCAGCACCACCAUCCUCUGGAGCCUUCUCAGUCUUGCUGACAAGGCGGACACGGUGCAGCGAAAAGUACAGGAGGAAAUCGACAGAGUGACGGGAGGGAGGAGGGUACCCGCUUGGUCUGACCGUCAUGCCAUGUCUUAUACCAUGGCCACCGUCUGGGAGAUGUAUCGCUGGAGGACCAUCGUCGUGAUGGGAAUGCCGAGGGAAGCGGAUGAAGACGUCAUCGUCCAGGGCUACCUGAUUCCCGCCGGCACGGUGGUCAUGGCUAAUCUCUGGGCAGUCCACAUGGACCCCGACCUCUGGGAAGCUCCGGAAGAGUUCCGACCAGAGAGGUUUCUCAUCAAGGACGGAUCGAGGCUCAUUGACAAGCCAGAAUGGCUGAUACCCUUUUCUUCGGGAAAACGAAUGUGUCCCGCAGAAAACCUUGCCAAUUUAGAGGUCUUCCUUUACCUUGCAAGGCUUCUUCAAAAGUUCACGGUCCUUCCGGAGGAUGGCAAAACAGUCGACCUCAACUACGACACCGAGGGAUUUUGCAUGCCAAAGCCACAAAACCUUCGGUUUAUUCCGAGAUAGCGACACUGUUCUA